UGUGUCGCGGAGAUAUGUUGUCACGUUGUUUUUGUGUGCCGCGUGGGAUUCAUCGGUUCUGUUAAAGAAUAUAAAUGGAAGACACUGCGAAACAAGACCUCGUCUUUCUUGAGCUCAGACGAAAGCUGCAAAGUGGCAUUUUGUUCAUUAGCGGUGACAUUGCCAGGGAGGGUGCAGAUGUGAAAGUCGAGUCCCAACAUGAUUCGCUCCUGAACAUCCAGACAGCGGACGGGUCCUAUCAGGUGAACCUCACACCUGGAGUGAGUCUAGUGGAGACGUCACGCCAGAGAAGCCCAGGAUUCUCUGAACGCGGAUCUCACUUCAGACUGCGUCUACGGGUGGAGCAGGAGUCAGAAGCUCCUCGCAGUGUAAUUGGACGACUGCGGGUCAAUGUGACGUAUUCCUUCCAGUGCCAGUCUUGUGGGUCCAUGGUGCUUCAAGACCGGGCUUUUGGGCGAGUUCUUCCUUUGCCCAAUGGAAACUGGAAUGCAUUAGUGGACGACUGGUGCUGCCACCCCGAUCCCUUCGCAAACAGAAAGCUGCUCCCACGAGAUGGAGACUGUCUGCUUGGUGACACGUUUAUUCUGUUGGCACGGGACAUCAGCUGUGAACAGACCCUCACACGGGAAGGGAACUUAUCUCAGAAAGCCUCUGCAGAGCAGAAGCGUGUCAGUAAGCGUGUGAUGCUGUCCUGCACGAGCUGCUCUGCAGUGCUGGGCGAGGAACUCUCGGCAGAGGUGCUGAAGUUUUACAUAACUGAAAUAUUAGUAAAGCCGGGUGAAGAUGGAGGGUGUGAUAUAACACGGCUCAGUUUGGAGCCCAAGUCAGAUUCAAUAAGGCAGCGAUUCUUGGAGCAAACCUUAGCGUCAAGGCUGGUCGAGCUGUCGUCUGCACAGAGUAUAUUUCGCUUUUCCAUCCAAACGCCAGAUAGCACGGCUGUGAUUUUGCUGUGGCUUCUGAACACGGACACUUUGGUCGCCUCAUUUCCUGGCGAAAGCUUCAUCUCCACAGUUGACGUUCAUCCCAGAGAACAUCAGUCAUGCCAGGCUGUUCAAGCAGUCAAAGUGCUCUACGUCCUCUGCUCUGACAGCAAACUCAAAGAUGUUGUGGAUGUCUGGGAGAAGGACAUUAGCGUGCACCCUCUCCCCCUCCCGCAGAGCUCAUGUGAGGAGCUCCAGAAGCUUCUGAUGUCCAGCACCUCCAGGCUGCCAGCAUUCCUGCGCUGCAUGAACUCAUAUCAGGUGGCCUACAUGCGGAUGUGAUGUACUCCAGUUCACGGCGGACCAGUUUAUCAGCAGGUCAUGCUCUUAUAGCCUGCAAAUGCUAAAUAUUACAAAGUUUUUUUUAAAUAAAAGUGUUUUGUUCUACA